GCCUCCUCUGAAUAAUCCUCCAUGGACGAUGAGAAGCAGCUCUCCGCUCUCCAUCAUCAUCUGCAGAAAAAUGCGAGCGGGGAGCGGUAAGAAAAUGCCAACUCGGACCGCUCUCCCUCCGCCGCAGACAUGAGCGCAGCGCCGACCGCCUCUUCCAGCCGCAACAAGUCGCUCUCACCAUGCGGAUCCACUGCAAAGUAGUUGUGAUCGCCGUGUGUUUCGGAGUUUUCCUACUUUUGUACUUUUUGGGGGGCAACGCCGCGGACGAUCCGCUGCUCAAAGAAGUUGGAGAGGAGCCGCAGCGGCAACAGCAACGGCAGCAGGAGCAGAAGAAGAAGGAGGAGGUGGUGGAGGAGGAGGAGAGCAGCAACUCUUCCCCGUCGCCCUCCGAGCUCCGGCGCGAUGUUGCUGCAAAGUUUGCGGGGAAAUCCUCCGCGGGAGUCGGCGUGCGUCCGGAGGAGCCUCGGAAAGAGAGGAGAGGGGUGAAUGCAAAGAGUAAACCGCGGAGCAACGUGGCCCGACGUGUGACCAAGCGUUCCCGGGCCGAGGAGUUCAUGCACUUGGCUGUGGUGGCUUGUGGGAAUCGUCUGGACGAGACCCUCACCAUGGUUAAAUCGGCCCUCCUGUUCAGCAUAAAGAAGAUCAAGUUUCACAUUUUUGCUGAGGAACCUUUGGCCCCGAAGUUCGAAGAAAGGCUGAAGCAGUGGCCUCGCGACAUCUCAGCCAAGUUCCAGUUCAGCAUCUACCCCAUCUCCUUCUCUGUGGGCAACGCCGACGAGUGGAAGAAGCUCUUCAAGCCCUGUGCAGCUCAGAGACUCUUCCUCCCUGUCAUACUGAAGGAUGUGGACUCACUGCUGUACGUGGACACGGAUGUGUUGUUCCUGCGGCCCAUGGAUGAUAUCUGGAGUCUCCUGAAGUCCUUUAAUAAGACGCAGCUGGCAGCGAUGGCCCCAGAACACGAGGUGCCCAAGAUUGGUUGGUACAGCCGGUUUGCUCGCCACCCUUUCUACGGAGUCACAGGGGUGAACUCUGGCGUCAUGCUGAUGAAUCUCACCAGGAUCCGCAGCACGCUGUUCAAAAACAGCAUGAUUCCUAGUGGUCUGUCAUGGGAGGAUCUUCUCCAUCCGCUCUAUCAGAAGUACAAGAACCACAUCACCUGGGGGGACCAGGACCUCCUCAAUAUCAUCUUCCACUACAACCCAGAGUGUCUCUUCAUUUUUCCCUGUCAGUGGAACUACAGACCCGACCACUGUAUGUACGGCAGUAACUGUAAAGGCGCUGAGGAGGAGGGCGUGUCCAUUCUCCAUGGCAACCGCGGAGUGUAUCACGAUGACAAGCAGCCAGCGUUCAAAGUGGUCUAUGAUGCAAUACGUGAUUUUCCCUUUGAGGACAACAUGUUCCAGUCGCUCUUCUACCCCAUCCAGACCAAGUUCCUGGACACGGUCAACACCCUGUGCGGUCGGAUUCCUCAAGUCUUCCUCAAGCAGAUAGAAAAGACGAUGAGGAAGGUGUUCGAGGACAAAGUGGUGCGACACGUCAGACCACACAAAUAACAGAGAAAGUGGACUCCCUGUGGAUUGUGUGUCACACCAACAUGCCUCAGAUCGAACUGGUGGCUCUGCGUUUGCAGUUUUCAACAUGACACCUCUUUGAUGAAGGGUCUUCUAAACAUUGUGAUCCUCUGGUGAUGGGUAAAUAAGGUCAGGAGCCUAUACAGGAAAGCAUGCAGUGCUGGUCAGUGAUGCCACAGAAUAGGUUUGCCUUAUUGCUGUCUUUGUUUUUGUGUGCGUUGAUGAAAUGGGUGAGAAUGUUGGAAAUCGACAGUGAAAAAAGACUGAAAUGAUUUCUUUAUCAAGAAUAAUGAAACUAUCAGCUCAUCUCAAGUGUUAAAUAACACAUGAAGGAACACUUUUGUCAAGUAAGUGUUGCACUAAAGCAGCAGCCUUCUUUUUCUCUCCUCGUGAACAUUUUUUGAAUUGUUUCUCCUCACCAUUAGGGAGGAAUGCGCCACACAAAGGCAACUUUGGACAGCUUUACUACGUGGAGUAGUAGAUCCAUAAACCACUCCUCUGAAAUUGUGAAUGUUUUACCAGCAAAUAACUUGAAAUGUGAGUCUGGUGUGAAUGAGAAGUAUCUGUUCUGCAGUUUCCAAAUGCCACUGACAGUAUUAAAUACAGCACAACAGAUGAAAUAUGGACUUUUAUGUUAAAUACCGAAUGUUAAAAUGCACUUUGAGAAUGAUAUUAGGACUUAAUGGUUUUUUUGUUUUGUUUUUUUGUACACAUCCACAUUUGAUGCAACACCGACCGAAUCAAAACCAAAAGUGCUAGAAUUUUAAAAAAGAGUGACAGAGUACAGCUGAUUAUGUGCCAUAUAAAUAUUAAUGUCUGCCAUGUUCACUAUUAGAGGACGAUGAAUGGUGUAGAUGUGUGUUUGAGAGGGAAUCUUAGCUUGUAAUAUGACCUGUGGUCUGUGGUGAACAUAUGAGUCAUAUGUUUUUACAUUACUCUCGGUGUGGUGUAAUGGUCUAAAUGUAUCAAAUCAUUCAACCUGGAAACUGAAAAUGGCUGUACAGUCAACAUGUGUUUCUAAAUAAAACAAUGCAAUGUA